GUAUAACUGUUCCGAGGGCCGCUGUUUUUCUAAGCAAAUUUCUACCUGUAACUUGGCUCUUUCAUUGGCUGAAACCACAGUCAGAUUCCCCUGCGAAGUUAUCUGAUUGAAAAUCAGGGAGGGGAGAAAAAGACCGAGCAGCCAGUAUGAUGAUGCUUCUUAGUCUGCUUUGCUUCUCUAACUUUUAGGAAACGGAUUUCUUUGUUUUUUUCCUGCGACGCAAUUCAGAUGAGACUGACUUCAGAGGGAAUACAUUUAAUUAUUUCUGUUUUAAUUCGUGAGAGGACGACGCUCAGCUAAAAAAUCAACAUGCCGCGGUCAUUUUUGGUAAAAAACAAAAGAUGCGCCUCAUAUAAUAUUCAUCGCACAUAUGUGGAAGAGCCGAAGGCCUUUGAAGACGCUGAAGUCCCAUCUCAGCUUCAGAGCACAGACUCAUCAGAGGGGCCUCUUUCUGAGGGGCCGUCCCCCUCUGGGUGCUCACCUCAGCAGGAUUCAGAGCCUCUGUGUCCCUUACCUGUUCGCCCAGAGUCAACCAGCCCACCAGGGGCCCCCUCACAGCCCUACUACCUAACAGACCCCCACAUGGCUGAGUUCCCACCUUACUACAAGCCUACAUACACCUGGAAGCCGGUGUCCUCCUCCUACGAGCUCCGGCAGCUGAGUUUUAGCCCCACGGUGCUGCAGCACACCAGCAGCAUGUACGGCGGCCACAUCAGCCGCAGUCCACCCCGGCAGCAACCCCUGGAUUGCAGCACACACUACUCCCCCACCUCCAACACCUACCACUGCAUCACCUGCAAUAAAGUUUUUUCAACUCCUCAUGGACUGGAGGUUCAUGUCAGGAGGUCACACAGUGGAAUGAGACCUUUUGGCUGCAGCAUCUGCAGGAAAACCUUUGGGCAUGCUGUCAGCCUGGAGCAGCACAUGAACGUUCACUCUCAGGAAAAAAGUUUUGAGUGCAAGAUGUGCGGCAAAUCCUUCAAGCGCUCCUCCACGCUCUCCACGCACCUCCUCAUCCACUCUGACACCAGACCCUAUCCCUGUCAGUUCUGUGGGAAAAGGUUCCAUCAGAAGUCAGACAUGAAGAAGCACACGUACAUCCACACGGGUGAAAAGCCUCACAAGUGCCAAGUUUGUGGCAAAGCAUUCAGCCAGAGCUCCAACCUGAUCACCCACAGCAGGAAGCACACGGGAUUCAAACCAUUUGGGUGCGAUAUUUGCUCAAAGGGCUUCCAGAGAAAGGUGGAUCUGCGCAGACAUCAUGAGAGUCAGCACGGCAUGAAGUGAAGGCGAUUCGGGCGACCGAAUGUUUGUACAUAUUAGAUUUCUAUUAAAACAAUAAGCAGUCACUGAGUAUCUGGUGUAUCUGAGAUGGUCAGGCUCAUUCAGACAAACUGAAAUGUAUAUAGGAAAACAUCUUUUAAACAUAUCUAUAUAAAUGUGAAAAAUAGGGAAAACUCAAGUUGAAGUUUGUAUUUAUAUUCGGCUGGGAUGAUUCAGGUUGCUGGGAAUAAUAAAGGAUUUGAUAAAAACUGU